AAAAAAUUACAUAUAAAUACAUAAAUAAAUGAAAAUCAUGUGUUACUGAAUAAAUACACUAAGAAAAUAUUUUUACUUUUAAUCCCAUUUUCACUCAAAAUGUCAAAAACUUGCUGUCAAGCAAAAGUUUUUAUUCUCAUUUUUCUAAUGAAUUUAGCAGGAUGUUCAGCACAAGUAGAUGCAUAUGUAUCUAAACUACAAGGGCAGGAAGCAACCUUGACUUUCUUUUACCCAUGUGAUAGUAAUGAAAUCACAUUACAGCAAUCAAUCCAAACCCCAUUUUAUAGAUCAACAGAUAAUCUAUCUCUGUCUUUACACGGCAGUCAGGUUGGAAGAUUCAGAGUGCAAAAUAGAAACGAUGACGGGAGAUGCUCUCUGGAACUUACAAUAUGUGAUCUUAAAAGAUAUGACCAAGGGACAUAUAUUGUAUUUGUAUACAAGGACGGGCUUGUAUUAAACAAUGCAAUUAAAAAGAUUCAUCUUUAUGUUGAUUAUCCUCCCGGUAAGGCGACAUGCGUUGUGGGUGAAGAAAAGGGUAGAGGAUGGGUUUCAAUAGACUGCACAGCCAGUGCUGGAAGUCUACCAGGGGCCAUUGAAUGCUAUCAAAAUGGUGUCUGGAUACAUCCCUAUCCUACUGAGAUUGAUGCACCAUUGAAUCAGACUUUUCUCAUCAGAAAAGCACAAUCAACAUUUUGUUGUUCAUUUUCAUUUGGUGAAUAUAAAGAAAGAUGUCAAUGUAAUGAUACUAGUUUGUAUCUAUCAGAUGGUGAUAUUAAUGACCCUUGUCCAACACCAGUAGAAAUGACAACAGAGCAAACUACUGUCAUACAAUACAAUCAAAGUAAUGAACACUCCACUUCAACUGCCUCAAUACCAACUGAAAAAUACAGGAAUACUGAUCAGGUGAAAAUAUGGUCACUUUACAUUUUUAUUGCAUUUUUAUUGCAGUUAUUGCUACUUGGUUUUUUUCUGCUUUCUUUAUAUUGCACAAAGAAAAAUACUAAAAGACAUGCGUGUGAAUAUUUUUCAAAUAUUCUGUGUAAUGCAGGAAAUCAGAAUGAGAAAAAUCAUCCAGAUCCUGAAGGACCUUGUGGAAUGGAACAAACAGAAUCUUUCAUAUGAGUAUACCAGCUGAAUUAUUCAAAUCUAUAGCUUCAGAUUACAAAGAUAAAUACAUGAGUAAGUCUGAUGGUAAGAUGAUACUC